AUGUCUGCCAUUCUUAAGCAAAGAGUCCGCUACGCUCCAUAUCUCAAGAAGCUUAGAACCGCUGAAGAGUGUAUUCCUCUAUUCCAGCACGGCCAGUAUCUCGGAUGGUCGGGUUUCACCGGAGUGGGAGCCCCUAAGGUCGUUCCUCAAGCUCUUGUGGAUCACGUUGAAAAGAACAAUUUGCAGGGCAAAUUGGCCUUCAAUUUGUUUGUGGGCGCCUCUGCUGGUCCAGAAGAAUCGCAAUGGGCUCAAAAUGACAUGAUCUUGAGACGUGCGCCUCACCAGGUCGGUAAACCGAUCGCCGCUGCGAUCAACUCCAACAAAACCCAAUUCUUCGAUAAGCACUUGUCCAUGUUCCCUCAGGACCUCACUUACGGUUACUAUACCAUGAACAAGGCUAACGAUCUUCUGGAUUACACCAUCAUCGAGGCAACUGCCAUCACUGAGGAUGGUGCCAUUGUGCCAGGUCCAGCCGUCGGAGCCUCUCCCGAGAUGCUGAGCUGCUCCGACAAGAUCAUCAUCGAAGUCAACACCGCCACGCCAUCCUUCGAGGGAUUGCACGACAUUGACAUGCCAGAACACCCUCCUUUCAGAAAACCAUACCCAUACACCUCUGUUGACCACAAGAACGGUUUGCACGCCAUUCCGGUCGAUCCAUCCAGAGUCGUGGCCGUCGUGGAGUCCACCACUCCAGACAGGGUUCCAGACCCAGCACCUUCCGAUGAGACGUCACGCAGGAUCGCCAGUCAUCUGAUCGAAUUCUUUGAGCAUGAGGUCAAUGCCGGUAGAAUGCCAGAUAACUUGCACCCAUUGCAGUCCGGUAUCGGUAACGUUGCCAAUGCCAUCAUCGGGGGACUGGCAGACUCCUCGUUCAAAAACCUGACCGUUUGGACUGAGGUUUUGCAGGACUCGUUUUUGCCAUUCUUCGAGACUGGCGCCAUGGAUUAUGCCACUGCCACCUCCAUUAGACUGUCCAAGGACGGAUUCAAAAAGUUCUUCGACAACUGGGACCUCUUCUCGAAGAAACUGUGUCUCAGAUCGCAGGUUGUGUCGAACUCUCCAGAACUGAUCAGAAGACUCGGUGUCAUUGCUAUGAACACACCAGUCGAGGUGGACAUCUACGCGCACGCCAACUCGACCAACGUUAACGGAUCGAGAAUGCUGAACGGACUGGGAGGCUCUGCUGACUUCCUGAGAAAUGCCAAGCUGUCGAUCAUGCACACCCCAGCAGCCAGACCUACUAAGACCGACCCUACCGGUAUCUCGUGUGUUGUUCCAUUUGCUUCACACAUUGACCAGACCGAGCACGACUUGGACGUGAUUGUGACCGAUUUCGGUCUUGCCGACCUCAGAGGAUGUUCUCCAAAGGAGAGGGUCAGCAAGAUCAUCAACCAGUGCGCCCACCCAGACUACAGAGCACAGUUGCAAGACUACUACGACAGAGCCCUGUUCUACUGCGAGAAAAAGAAGACGAUGCACGAGCCACACAUUUUGAAGGACGCUUUCAAGAUGCACAUCAAUCUGCAAGAAAAUGGCACCAUGAAGUUAGACAACUGGGACAUUAAGUUUUAG